AUGGACCAGCAAGGACUCGGGCAGCCCCCAUCUACAACUGCCGGCCAAAUAGAGGAUUUGAAGGACAAGGUUCUUGGUUCGAUUUCCCGAGGGACAGUACCUGUUGGUGGCCCUGGCGAUGGUAUUCCUUACUGGGCACAACAUCAAGUUGGAGCUCCCGGGAUGAUAUGGCCCAUGUGGCCGCAGCAGCAGCAAGGGUCCAAACAGCAGCAUGAGGAAUUGUCUUCUGAUCAGCAUUAA